AAUAUAGUCAUGGCUCGUACUAAGCAAACAGCCCGUAAGUCCACCGGAGGUAAGGCCCCGAGGAAGCAGUUGGCGACCAAGGCCGCGAGAAAAAGCGCUCCGGCUACCGGUGGAGUGAAGAAGCCUCACCGUUACCGUCCAGGAACCGUCGCUCUUCGUGAGAUCCGUCGCUAUCAAAAGAGUACGGAGCUCCUCAUCCGUAAACUGCCCUUCCAGCGCCUCGUCCGUGAGAUCGCCCAGGACUUCAAGACCGACUUGCGUUUCCAGAGCUCGGCGGUGAUGGCCCUCCAGGAGGCGAGCGAGGCCUACCUCGUCGGCCUUUUCGAGGACACGAACCUUUGCGCCAUUCACGCCAAGCGCGUAACCAUCAUGCCCAAAGAUAUCCAGCUGGCCCGUCGCAUCCGUGGCGAGCGCGCUUAGAUAUAUCCAUUUUGUUUAUUUUCAAUCGGCCCUUUU